AUUGCGUUAAAAAAAAAUAUCGUGGAUAAAAUGUUAAAGGACGAGAGAUGGUCUAAAAAGGUUAAAAGACACCGAGAGAAGUAUCCAGAUGAUCCAAUUAAUAUUCCCUUUGAUACACCGUCUCCUCAGUGCUGGAUCCCAUACGACGACGAACGCCCUUGGCAUUGCCAGGUACAUAGAGAUGCCUUUUCAUAUGGUGGAACGUCACUAGCGGUUGAUAACCGUUUAGUUGUAGACUUUCGUUAUUUUGGUAAAUCUGAACCGAAUGAAGAAAAUAAAGUAGUGUUCAGCGACAAAUACAAGGAUAUGUACGGCAUGCCACAACCAACAUUUAUAGUCACACCUUCCAAAAAGGAUGCUGAAACAAACCACAACAUGCUCAGUGACAUGACUAAGGCAGCUCUUUGUUUGGGAGGUUUUUUACCUGAUAGCGGGCCUCAGUUCAUGGCGCCCGGAACUGCACUGCAUAUCACGGGAACUGUACGCAUGGGUACUGACAAAGAAGAAUCCGUGGUAAACACAAACCUUUGUGUUCAUGAUUUCCGCAAUCUAUAUAUUGGUUCCAAUGGCGUCAUACCGACAGCGAUUGCGUGCAACCCAACACUGACAAGUAUUGCCCUGGCAAUCAAGUCAGCAGAUCAUAUUAUCGAACAAUUACAAAACGGAAUACAUGUUUAA